GGGUCAGUGAUUCUAGUGGGUUCCUGCAAAAAGACCCCACCUUCUAUGUAGAUACAAAAAUAUGUUAGAAUCAUAUUAUAUUUUCUGUUUCCCGGCCCCACAAAACCAGAGGCCUCGGACAGGGUUGGAAGGACAAGAUUUUCUGUACUGCGGCAAGAGUUUCAAAUCUGAUUAUUAUUACUCCGGAAGGAAAUAAAGCAUCCGAAUCAGAAUAAUCAACAGGUUUCUUCCCAGGGAAGAGAAGGAGAGAAGAAAAGAGGAUAGAGACCGAUGAAAGAUCAAGGUUGAAAUGAUCUAGCACAGAGAGAGAGAGAGAGAGGUACAUCCUUGAGAGAGAAAAAAACAGGGCUGGAUCCUCUUGUGGUGGCGGCAAUUUAAGAUAUAUACUUUGACAAGAAAGCUUUGAUCGUUUUACUUCUUGAGUUCUCUCAGUUGAGCUUCGCUAGCUAGCUUCAGAGCAGGACUUCCUCGCCGAGAUUUCCAUGGAAAACUUGAGAAGCAUGAGAAUAAGCUUUGAAGACUGGCAAACAGUUUAUUGCAUGGCGAGUCACAGGGUUGGGGAGACUUCAAACCACCAUAACCCGUAUUCAGUUCUGCAAGGGAUUAAUCCCACUACAAACUUCAUCAACGAAGAAGGAUCUCCUUUUGAUUUUGGGGAACUGGAGGAAGCAAUAGUGCUGCAGGGUGUCAAGAUCAACAAUGAUGAAGCAAAAGCAUCUUUUCUUACAGCCAGGCCAGCAGCUACUCUGGAAAUGUUCCCUUCUUGGCCUCUCAGAUUCCACCAGACCCCAAGAGGAAGUUCAAAAUCAGGAGGGGAGAGCACUGAUUCAGGAUCAGCAGUAAACACUCUUUCAAGCAAAGCUGAGGCGCAUCUUGAGCCAGAAUCUCCCAUGGCAAGUGAUGGGCAUGGAGCAUCAUUAUCACAGAAUCAAGCCACUCAACAAGCUGCGAAGGCCACAGCAGAAAAGAGGAAAUUUGGAGCUACUGGUUCAACUUCAGAUAAAGUACUUGAUGCCAAGACGUUGAGGCGUUUGGCUCAGAACAGAGAGGCAGCAAGAAAGAGCAGGCUCAGGAAAAAGGCCUAUGUGCAGCAGCUAGAGUCCAGCAGGAUAAAGCUUGCUCAGUUGGAGCAGGACCUUCAGCGAGCCCGGGCUCAGGGUUUGCUAUUGGGAGGAGGUGGGGGUGCGAGUGUCAGUUCUGGCGCAACAAUAUUUGACAUGGAGUAUGGAAGAUGGUUAGACGACGAUCAUCGGCACGUAUCGGAGCUCCGGGCGGCGCUGCAGGCGCAUUUACCGGACGGUGAUCUGAGGGUGAUUGUGGAUGGAUACGUUGCUCAUUACGAUGAGAUUUUCAGGCUCAAGGAGGUGGCCGCCAAGUCCGACGUCUUCCACCUCAUCACCGGCAUGUGGACCACGCCUGCGGAGCGUUGUUUCCUCUGGAUAGGUGGUUUUCGGCCUUCCGAACUUAUCAAGAUGUUGUCGACGCAGAUAGAGCCGUUAACAGAGCAGCAAAUAGUGGGGAUAUGCGGCCUGCAGCAGUCAUCGCAGCAGGCUGAGGAGGCCCUUUCGCAGGGGCUGGAACAGCUGCAACAGUCUCUGGUUGACACCAUUGCUGGUGGCUCAUUCAACGAUGGCAUGCAUCCCAUGGCUCUUGCUUUUGCCAAGCUCUCCAAUCUCGAGGGCUUCCUUCGACAGGCUGAUAAUUUGAGACAACAGACUCUUCAUCAAUUAUGCCGAAUACUAACAGUUCGACAAGCAGCGCGAUGCUUUCUGGUGAUUGGAGAAUACUACGCCCGAUUACGAGCCUUAAGCUCCUUUUGGGUUUCUCGACCCCACAGAGGUUGAUGAUCAGUGAGAGGAAGAUUCCUACUGCUACAAAGAGCUAGCUCUGUGAUGAGGAAUAUGAAAUACAUAGCUAGAAUUUUCUUUUAAUUAAUUAAUGUAUCUUCUUAAUUUUCCUUUUUUUAAUAUAAUUAAUUAGCUUUCUAAUCGCUUUAUAUAUAUAUCCUCAAGUCUCCAUGUCAAUAGAAAUCAAUUUAUUUAUGAGCAUUGAUAAGCUUUUUCUUUUUUC